AUGUCGGCGGCGGCGGCGGAGCACCCGUGGCGCGCGCAGGCGUUCGGCGACGCGGUGGCCGCGCAGCGCAGCGCGCUGGUGCUCGUCAUCCUGGCCGCGUUCGUCAGGUACCUGUGGGUCACGCUCGCCAUGUACUGCGCGCUCCUCUUCUCGGUCUCGUGCGCCGCCCGCGCCUUCGGCGCCCCGCCGGCCGCCGACGGUGGCGACGAGGAGGCACGGGCCGGCCGCGGCGGGCUCUCGGCCGCGGCCAUCGCGGCGGCCGCCCCGGCGUUCCCGUACGAGCCGCCGGCCGCGCCCGCGCCCGGGGACUGCCCGGUGUGCCUCGAGGCGAUGAAGGCCGGGGAGCCGGCGCGGCGGCUGCCGGCGUGCGCGCAUGCGUUCCACGUCGGCUGCAUCGACAUGUGGCUCGACUCGCACGCGACGUGCCCCGUGUGCAGGUGCCACGUCGUGCCGAGGAAGGGCGGCAAAGAACCGCCCGAGGGGCCCGCGCUGCCAUCGUCCACCGAGCCGCCGCUGCCGCCGGUGUAG